ACUGGAUUACCCUUUUUUGGUGUGCCUUAGGUGGUUUGAUAUUGGGCGGAAUAGUUGUCAUUUCAUACUGGAUAAGACGAUGCAGGACACUUGCAGCGAGGUCAACGACCCGGCAGCGCCGCAUCCGGAGCCGGAGCUCAUCAUCAGCUGCCACCGGAAUCAGCGGGAUCAGUGCCAUCGGAAUAAUCUCCAGAGCGAAGGCAAAGUCAUCACCCGAUCACAAUCAUCGGCGUCGACCGCGCCGCAUGCUCCAGUGCAUCAACUGAAGCAACAACAAUCUCUGCCCACGCCACUAACCCAACAGCAGGCUAGCCAUAACUCCCACCACCACACUCCCCAGGCCCCCAAGUCCGUUUCGAUUUUGGUCUACAAGACCCUGAAUACGGUCUUCAAGAGCAGCCGCAAGAUCAUCGUUCGUGUGUGUGAGGUGGCCAGCGCCAAGAAGUCCUUCACCAUGUUCAAGUUCAACAAGGCCGCCCAGCAGCAGCGGAUAGACAAUCGGAACAGUGCCGUCACAGGACAUGAUCCCUUUGUCCGACCACCAGUGCCCGAAAAGAAAGUGAGGAACAUUAUGAAGAAGCUGCACAAGGCGAACGGCCUGAAACGCUCCAACUCGGCGAUCGAGUUCGAUGUCUCGGCCCUGACAGCUGCCAACCGCCGCCAGAUAUAUAGUAGCAAUCGGUCGGCGAGCUCGGAGCAAGAUAACUCAGAUAUGUCCGAGCACUCGGAAAAAUCGCCGCUGGUUAGCGCGAGGUUAGACAAUCUAGCUAGGCUCUUCUUUAGCAAGUCGAUGCCAGCGGAAACCGGAAGUAGAGAUACCAUAGAUUCAGUACUAACAACAAGGCCCAACAUCAAGUAUCAGUACUCCGCCUUGGACAGUGGCAAUGGGAUCGUGGAACGUAGUCCCCGGGAACGGGCUCAAAGGGAGAAGGCUCUGAAUGCCACACAGGAAUGGAUUCAGAGUGCCAAUGGGCGUUAUGAAGUGAUCGCCCACUUGGAUGAGAUUGGUUCGAGGCAUGGCAAGAACUGGUUUCUGGUCACAGAUGCCUCGGUCCGCACUGAUCGUCUGCUGACUCUUCUACCUCUGCCCCCCGACUGCGUGGCCUUCGAGGAUCUCCCGCCCAACGAAUGUCCCAGGGAAAUACUCAUGGAGCUCCUCGGUUCGCUGCAUCAUCCGUACAUAUAUCCCGUUCUGGAUCUGGGCUUCUUGCGGAACAGCUCCUACAACUACGCCUGCCUGGUGACGCCCUUCAACUCAAGGGGCAGUCUCAAGGAUCUCAUAUAUAAGGCACAGUGGAACGAACCGUGGGCCAGAAAGUACACGCGUAAACCUAAUGGCUUGCCUGUUAGCCAGGUGCAGCGCCUGGGGCGUCAGAUCCUGGAGGCACUGCUCUUCCUGAAGGAGCGCGGCUUUCCGCUUCACGGUCACCUGCACAGCGGCAAUGUCAUCCUGCAGAACGGGGCAGCCAGGUUGUCGGGCCUGGAAAAUGGCCUACUGGGCCUCAGUUCGCGCAUUAACGCCGUCAUGUGGUCCCGCUCGGUCACCGAGAUCGAGAACGUGGACAUUGUCUGCUUUGGCCACCUGCUCUACGAGAUGUGCACGGGCCAGGAGCUGACCACCCCCAAGCCGUCCAUGAGGGUGCUCGAGAUGGAGCUGCAGCACUACCCACAAAUUGGCCAGAUUCUGGAAAUAUUAGGUCUAAUCUUUGAGCCGCCUAGCGGUGUCUGCCCCUCCGUCGAGGACCUAGUCCUCUGCGAUCUCUUUCGCAGCAUCGAUUUGCGUGAGCUGCGCGGUCCCUGUUUCAGUACAAUUAAGCCAAGCCUCAGUAGGUCCACCCUGAAUCUGCUGCAAGCGGUGAAGAAGCGCCAAUGCGCCUCCCUGGGCCAUUCCCUGAGUGAGGCCAACUCGCCCUGCACGCCCCCCUCAACGCCGCACGAUCGACGCACUGGUAUCAGCCGAACAAUGGACUCAUUUGACAUAUCAAGCGAUUCGGAGGAGGGUCUGCUGGAGGAGAUUGUUGUGGGUGGAAGCUGCCAUCGGCAGCACUUGCUUCGCCUGCAGCAAUGGCACUCCGCCCACUCGUAUGUCCACUCGUACGCUUCGGAAUCGCCCAUCCACUAUUGUGACCCGGCAGCCCUCUAUUCGGAUGAUAAUAGACAGGAGCAGGGUCAGGAUCCCCAACCGCCGACCAUUCGAUGCAGCACCAGCAGUCAGAGCAACCUGGAUGUUCUGCUAGCCGAGGGUGCGGUGGCAGAGGUCUAUGAGGAGCAGGAAGAGGAGGAUUUUGAGCCGGAAGAAGAGGCCAGUGGCUCGUCGGGUACGCAAAGGCUGCAGGCCCCCGCCUGCACUUCCUCGGCUGCUGGGGCCUCCUUCAACCACCAACUCACGGCCGACAUGUGCAACUACAAGAACUCGAAGAGUCGGAGGCUGGAGUACUCCCUCAAGUGCCUCAAGUACGGGCGCAGUAAUCCCUCCCAGGACUCGGCCUUUGGCUCUCUAACCGAUAACGACCUUUCCAUUGGUUCGUCUAGCAUUCGGUUGAGCAGCUUCCAGUCCAUUUCAUCGCCCAUUGACGAGGGCGUGGAGGAUGUCAUUAUAGCCACCACCACAGGUGGCAAUGAGACCUGCCUGGAACUGGCCACCAUACCUAGGAGUAUGGUGUCCCAGGAUUCAGCCAUAUCCUCGCCCUGCCGCGAGAGUUCGCCCAACAACUUCCUGCACAUCGACGAUGCCAUGUCGGGAACGGGCUCCACUUCAUCUGGCUCUAAUUGCGGAUCCUUUGGAAACAUACGUCCCCAGCAGUUUCCCGUUUCGCUUUCGCCGAAGAUUUUGGUCACCGCAACCAGUAAUUCGAGCAGCUCUUCUUUGGCCUCCACCAGCAAUGCGGGUCAGGGUCAGGGUCAGGGCCAGAGUCAUGGCCAGGGACAUCCCCAGCAGCAGCAGCAGCAGUUCGAUCCGCCCAAGAUCCUGGUCAACGAUCAGAACUCCAUCUACACCACAUCGCCCUCGAAGCGAUCGGGGAUGAUAGAGGUGUUCUCUCAGAAGUACCGGGUGAGCUCCUUCGAGGACAUGUCCCCCAAGCGGACCUCCGACAAGCAGCACCUGAAGCACGUCAACCGGCUGGCCUUUCGCUCCUUGGAAGAGGAGCGUCGCAUCGACAACGCCUUCCUGCCGAUGGCGGAUCGCACCCAUUCGGACAAUCGCGUCAAUAUGCAGAGUGAGAAGUACAAAAAGCUCACGCACGCCUCCUUUCGCAUCAGCAAGGGUCAAGGGCAUGACUCGCCCACAGCUACGCCCACCAGCCAAACGCCCCCCAGUCAGCCGGGCAAUUGCAUUGAGAUGCAGCGAACCGGAAGACAGACCCUCUGGCGGGACAGUAAGUUCUACAGGAAGAAUCGAAUCGCCAAAAGCAACGACUCCCUGAUGGAGAACAAUCCGUCGCCCAGGAUAUCGCCCUGUUCCCUGCGGGAUAAUCAGUAUGAGAGCAGAAGCAGCUCCCAGGCCAGCAGGAGAUCGCUCAGUGGCAGCCAGCAGAUGCUAAGUGUGACCACCAGUUUCUGUGGCAAUGGGAGUGGCUCCAGAAAUUCAGCCAGAUAUUGCAGCUCCAAGAGCGAGGACUUGGGCGAGUCCUCGGACUAUCUAAGAGUCAUGGAUGCCCGGAAAUCGUACUCCGAGCGGCAUCUGGUGCGACUCAAACAAACGGCCAUUAACAACACACACAGCGAGGAUGAGAUGAGCUUCAACGAUGACAAUAAUCCGACGGUAUCAUCGCAGGGUCAGGGGUUACGGCAAUGCGGCAUCCAGUACAAUCAGAAGGAACACCACCAGAAGCACCACUAUCACCAGGGUGGCAGAUGGAGCAGCAGCUGCUCCAUUGGCGGCCACCUGAAGACGACCAAUAUUAAGACCACCUCGCUGUCCGCUCAGUCCAGCCAAUCGAAUUUAGUGGCCAACUCGGCAACUGCCAGCUAUCGCACGCCCUCCAAGUCCCUCGACCAGAGCAUCGCCCCCAUCGCCAUCCCCAGCCUCCAUCCCAACCAGGCUAGCACCGCCCAGACAAGUAGCUCUACUACCACCAAAGGCAGCAGCACCACCAGCAGUGAUAGUAGCAGCAGCACCACUAGCUCGGUGGAUGAAUCCCCUUCCAGAUUGACCCUCAGCGGGGCCGAUCUCUCCAGGAUCUUUGUAAUGGACAUGGACGAUGCCCCGGGCAGUACUUGCAGCGAGGAGAAGACUCCGCUCUUGGACAGUGUGGAGAUGUCCCCGAUCAGUCCAACCGAUCCGGAAGAGCCCGACCUCGACAAGCUCUAAAGGGGUUGAUCCUGAUCAUGAUCCUGAUCCUGAUCCUGAUCCUGAUCCUGAUCAUACUAUAUACACGCACACUCACACACAGACACGUUUUGAGCAGCCGAAAUGCAAAGCAUGUGAUAAAGAAACCAAAAAUAACAGAAAUCGAACGGGGAACCAUAAAGUUAUAGAACUACUAGGCUAGGUAUGAGAUGGCCAGGUGGGGGAGGUGUCAUGAAAGGGUUUUGGGAAGGAAACUUUACUUUCUUAAGGAUAAAAAUUUACUCCAUUGAAAGUUUUAAUACUCCAAAUUGUGGUUAUUCCAAAGUUUAAAUAUUCAAAAUAACCCCUUUUUGGCUAUUUCCAGAAAAGGGUAUUCUCUCUUCUCUUCCCUUUCAAGGCCGUUCCUAUGGCAGACUUUCCUUUUUGGCUUUACUUUUUCAUAAAACCAAGUUACCACGAUCCUUCCUUCCUUGGUUACCCUAUUAAAGAUCAUGAAUUAAAGUUCAAACUUCGUAAAUUAAACUCUUUCCGAAAACACUUUUCCGACACCUCCCCCACUGCCAGUGUUGGUUAAGGUAAGGCAAUUCUAAUCUUGGUUCGACACAAAACUCACACAAACACCCACUCACUCGAAGGAAUAUAUAUAUAUAUAACUGGGCUGCUCCCGCCUUUGCUAAAUCCACACUCAAAGCUUUCUUCUGGUAACAAUAAUAUUUUUCUCUUUAUAUUGAACUUUAGCCGGUUGCUUUUACAGCAAUUCGAAAUUAAUUAGAAUAUUUCUUCACCGAAGCUAAUCUCUAGACUGCUAAGCCACGACAACACGGAGAAACCAAAGGGAAAUUCGCCCUGCUUAGUUGGUUUUUUUUUUAAAAAAAAAAAACAAAGAAAAAGGGAAAACCGUUUUCCCCAAAUUAUACCGAAUUAUACACUUUACUUGGUAGUUAAUUAACUAGUUAAGACUUGAAAGCUUCGCAGCUUCGCGCAUUGAAAAUGUUUUACUGUAGCCUAAAAUCGUUUUAAGCCCCCAAACGUGUGUUCGGGGGCGUGUUUUAAAUAUAUAAAUUAUAAAUAAUAAGAACUAAAAUCAAGAAGAAGAAGCAGAACUUAAAACAAAGCCAAAGAAAUUUAAGCCAUUGAAUGGUGAAUCCAAGGCGAAAGUUUACGAGAUAUAACGAACGAGUUACGAUUUCUUUGAUCCGUUAACCUUUUGUUCAGAUAGACCACAUUAGCCGGCACUUCAAACGUAAACGUUAACCCAUAAGUGUUAAACAUUAUCGAUAAAAACGAUAAAAACAAUACAGAAAUGCAAUCAAAUUUUACUAAAAUAUCGCAAAAUGAAAAUAUCACUAAAAGCCACAACACACACACAAUCGAACACCAGAUAAUUAUACUCACUGAAGAUCAUAUAUAUAGAAGGUAAUAUAGACGCACGCACCUAACUAAGAUGAUCCAUAAUCGAGCCUCGAUCCAGAACCCCACCCCACCCGAUAUAUAGUCGAGCAUCUCAGAUGAUCUGCCACAGAGUCGCCACCUUAGUUUCGCCCUUAUUCGUAGCUGAUGAAUGCGUAGAACAUUGUUUACGGGACCCUCUAGGAUAUACAUGUACC